AUGCAGAACGCGGUGCGGCACGCGCACGUGCACGACGUGCAGGAGGUGCUGGGGGCGCUGGAGGUGGACGCGACGAAGGGGUUGACCAAGAGCCAGCUAGCCAAAAGGAAGGAAAAGUACGGACUCAACGAGUUGGAAGUAGAAACGAAGAAAGGAAUCCUCGAAUUGAUCCUAAACCAAUUUGAUGACCUCCUAGUAAAAAUACUCCUCCUCGCAGCAUUCAUUAGUUUCGCAUUAACCUUGCUAGACAUGCAGAGUCAUGAAGUCGCCAUCUCUGACUUUAUUGAACCCCUCGUUAUAGUAAUGAUACUAAUUUUAAAUGCAGCUGUUGGAGUAUGGCAGGAGUGCAAUGCGGAGAAGUCAUUAGAUGCGUUGAAGCAGUUACAACCAACGAAAGCAAAAGUAUUAAGAGAUGGAAAAUGGGAAAUUAUAGACAGUAAAUAUCUAACUAUAGGUGAUAUAAUCGAACUAAGUGUAGGAAAUAAAACCCCAGCAGAUGCUAGAAUUAUUCAAAUUUUUUCAACCAGCAUUAAAGUAGAGCAAAGUAUGUUAACAGGUGAAUCAUGUUCUGUUGAUAAAUAUUCAGAAAAGCUAGAUCUUAGUUUUAAGAAUUGCGAAAUACAACUUAAGAGAAAUAUUUUAUUUUCUUCCACUGCGAUUGUAGCUGGUAGAUGUAUCGCUGUUGUGAUAAAUAUUGGUAUGAACACAGAAAUUGGACAGAUACAACACGCUGUUAUGGAAUCUACCAAUGAAGAUACAGACACUCCUUUGCAAAUUAAAAUCGAUUCUUUUGGUAGACAACUAUCUAAAAUAAUUUUUGUCAUAUGUGUCACCGUAUGGGCCAUAAAUUUUAAGCAUUUUUCAGAUCCCAUUCAUGGAUCCUUUCUCUACGGUUGUUUGUAUUACUUCAAAAUUAGUGUUGCGCUAGCUGUGGCUGCUAUUCCAGAGGGUCUACCUGCUGUGAUCACGACAUGUUUAGCUUUAGGUACCAGAAGAAUGGUAAAGAAAAAUGCCAUUGUUAGAAAAUUGCAAAGUGUUGAAACGUUGGGGUGCACUACUGUUAUCUGUUCGGAUAAAACAGGAACGUUGACCACUAACCAAAUGACAGCAACGGUCUUCCAUUUGUUUAAAGAACCAACCGUAUUGAAGGAAUAUCAGCUGUGUCAAAAAGGGGAAAUUUUCUUCUUUUACGAGUCAUGCUUAUCAGAUGAGGGGAACGAUAAGGACUCCUUCUUCAACAGACUUAAGAAGGAUGGACGAUUAUCCAGUAAGACAGAGGGACAAGUAUCGUAUGAUGAUUGUGGCACCGUCGCCUCCAGGGGAAAUAGACCACACUCCAAUACACACCUCUCCUAUGAUGAAAAAAACAACUACGAAGAAGAAAGUGACAGUUAUAAUAACUAUGAGGAGUAUCCAUCAGAUGUCGAAACGGACAGACCACUAAAACAGAUGCAUACCAACGUUAACACCAUCAUCAGUAGGGGAAGCAAAAUUCUGGAAGAUAAAAUAAAAAAGUAUUCGUACUCUGAAAAUGACUAUAAUUUCUACAUGUGUAUGGUGAACUGUAACGAAGCUAACAUAUUUUGUAAUGACAGAAACGAAAUAGUGAAGGUAUUUGGAGAUAGUACCGAGUUGGCUCUCCUCCAUUUUGUGCACAAUUUUGAUAUAAAGCCGAGUUCAAUUAAAAAUAAUGGCAUGGCAGCUGAGUACGAAAGAGUUUCUGGAAAGGGGAAGAGUCACAAAAAGGAAGAAGAAAAAUCAAAUGCUUCAAGUUGUGGGAGUGCAAUUACAAGGAAUUCCUCUUACCACGGUGAUAGUUACGUAGAUGGAUCGAAGGGAGAAACAGACAAUGGAGAGGAUAGUAGAAGCUACCCAAGUGAGUGCAUAUCCGCGUGGAGAAAUGAAUGCCAAUUAAUUAAAAUAAUUGAGUUCACUAGGGAGAGGAAACUAAUGAGUGUUAUUGUCGAAAAUAAAAAAAAAGAUUCCAUUCUUUAUUGCAAAGGAGCACCAGAAAAUAUAGUAAAAAACUGUAACUAUUAUUUGAUUAAGAACGAAAUAAAGCCACUCACAGAGGAGUUGAAAAGCAUUAUUUACAGUCGAGUGAAGGGAAUGGGAAAGAGAGCGUUAAGGACGUUAAGCUUCGCCUACAAAAAGAUGAAGAAAACUGAUUUAAAUAUCACAAACGCGGAAGGGUACUUCAAAUUGGAGAAGGACAUGAUCUACCUCGGAGGGUUGGGUAUUAUCGACCCCCCAAGGAAGUAUGUCGGAAGAGCCAUCAACCUGUGCCAUUUGGCUGGAAUUAGAGUCUUUAUGAUUACAGGAGAUAACAUGGAUACAGCGAAAGCCAUCGCCAAGGAGAUCAACAUUCUUCGUAAUGAGGACUCUGAUGACGAUAUGGAUCAGCACACCAAGUGGAACAAAGGGGUUAACAACUCGAGCCAGAAAAUAAAGUGUUGCUAUAGUGGAAGAGAGUUCGAAGACUUACCACUCGAUCUGCAAAAAGAUAUCUUAAAAAAUAAGCAGCGUAUCGUUUUCUGUAGAACGGAGCCAAAGCACAAGAAGCAGAUUGUCAAAAUAUUAAAGGAUCUUGGAGAAACCGUCGCGAUGACAGGAGAUGGAGUGAACGACGCUCCUGCCUUGAAGUCUGCAGAUAUAGGUAUUUCCAUGGGAAUAAACGGAACGGAGGUAGCGAAAGAGGCAUCCGAUAUUGUUUUGGCGGACGACAAUUUUAACACUAUCGUGGAGGCCAUCAAGGAGGGCAGGUGCAUUUACAAUAACAUGAAGGCCUUUAUCCGUUACCUCAUUAGCAGCAACAUCGGGGAGGUGGCGUCCAUUUUUAUCACGGCUCUCCUGGGGAUCCCUGACAGCCUCGCGCCUGUGCAGCUCCUCUGGGUUAACUUGGUCACGGACGGGUUGCCCGCCACGGCUCUGGGGUUCAACCCACCCGAACACGACGUCAUGAAGUGCAAGCCCAGACACAAAAAUGAUAAUUUGAUAAACGGCCUGACUCUGCUCAGGUACAUCGUCAUAGGAACCUACGUGGGAGUGGCCACCGUCUCCAUCUUCGUAUACUGGUACCUCUUUUACCCGGACUCGGACGGACAUACCCUCGUGAACUUCUACCAGCUGUCUCACUACAACCAGUGCAAGGCCUGGGGGAACUUCCGUGUCAACCGGGUCUACGGCAUGUCGGAGGACCCCUGUUCGUACUUCUCCACCGGGAAGGUCAAGGCAAGCACCCUCUCCCUCUCCGUGCUCGUCGUCAUCGAGAUGUUCAACGCCCUCAACGCGCUCAGCGAGUACAACUCCCUGUUUCAGAUCCCCCCCUGGAGAAACAUGUACCUCGUGCUGGCCACCAUCGGGUCGCUACUCCUCCAUUUCAUGAUUUUGUAUAUCCCCCCCCUUGCCAAAAUUUUCGGCGUCGUCGCCCUCACGCCAUACGACUGGUUCCUAGUCUUCAUGUGGUCCUUCCCCGUCAUUGUCAUCGACGAAGUUAUUAAGUUCUACGCGAAGAGACAGCUGAACAGGGGGCUGUCGUCCAAGCGGAAGCUCGAGUGA